CUGCUGGAGCUCUGUGUGUCACAACUUUGAUAGCCUGCUGUCGCCUCGCCAUCAAAUACUGGAAAUGGAUCAGAGAGCUUUUUCUUGGUUUUAUGGGUUUUACUGUUGAUGGGAGGAUAAAGAGUGCUCUCAGUAUGGUCAACACUCAAAACAAAAAUGAAACAUUUGGGAAUAUCUCCCGCUGGUCUUUUUAUUCACAUUCUAUAGCUGGAUUUCAUCUUGCCUCCCCCCGCAAAAUCAGUUGAGAGAUAAAACUCAUGUAGAGGAAAUGGAUGGUCAUCAUCAGGUCAAGACUUCCUUCCUCUUUAUCCAACUGCAGUCACCAACCAAGGCAUCUGCUCAAACACGUCCUGCCAACACAGUCUGCGCAGCUGGCUGGGAGGAAAGGCUUUCCCCAGACAUCUCAAGAAAUGAGUCAGCCACUGUGUGUGACUCCAGAAAGCCAGCAGCCGUCUGCCUGAACAGCAACAGCUCAGACUGUCUCUGCAGUGGGCUGGACAGCGACCGCGGUUACAGGAACCUGGAGAAAACAUUGAAGUUUCCCAUGCAGUCACACCUUAACAGCAGUGGCAGAGAAAUGAGCCAAAUAGCUCCUCCGGCUAGGAGUGGGACUCCAGUUUCCCAUUCAGUACCUACUGAUAUAGUGAACUGCGAAAACACAAACUACCUACAUUCAGCAGCGACUACAGACAGACACGAGACUGGAAUUCAAAGUCCUGGACUGAGCACAGAGGCUGAAGAAAGUGAGAAUCCCUUGAAGCAUUCAAACUCCUUGACCAGUCAGUCUCCAACAAACAGGGGCUACAUCUCCAAAGCAAGAAGUCAACCACUCUCCACCACCACAAAAAAGGAUGGAAUCUGGUGGAAAGUGGAAGUCAAUAAGCCAACGCUGGUGGAUGCACCAAUUUUCUACAAAAGCCCCGAAAGCAAAACAUUUACAUCUGCUGUCAUAGAAAGGUCAGCCCAAUUAACUGGACUAUAUAAAAAAACAGGAGAUACUAACCCUAUCACCACCUCACCUGUCUCACAACAGCCGUGCACAAUAAAGAGGGUUUCACCCAGCCCUAGGACAGUUCAAACGGCAGAAACAUUUGUUUGGGUCAAAAGCACGUCACCACAUGCACAAAGUGUGGCAAAGGCCAAAUAUGAGUUUCUAUUUGGAAAAGUAGAGGAGGCUACCCCAUCAGACAGCGUUUCAAGAGGAAGCUACCACCUUGUACCUGAGGAGGGCAGCAGUGCUGCUAAUUCAUUCUCUGAGUAUGGCCCAGUUGACGGGACUGGAGAUGAGCCAUCUGAACAGCCGAUGGCUUUGGCUAAUGAGACAGGAAAUGCACAUGUACUAACUAUUCUGCCAAAUGAGCGGCAAGAUGUUAUUUUGGAUAUAAAAUCAGAAAAACCAUGCAGGGCUGCCAAAGCACCCCCAACGAUGAUAUCCUUUAAUGGGGCUAGUGGUGAGCAGUUGGACAUGGCUAAUCAGGUUCAGCCGUCAGCUGACAUAGAUAAAAGUAUGGAAACUUCUAGUCUGAAAAAACCUGCUGAUCUGCUUUUGAAAUCAAGACUGAUUUCUGAACUAAAUACUGAGGUACUGACCAAGGAUACAGUUUCUGUCUGUUCUGCUACGACUAAGGAAAAAGAGCUUUGUUCCUCAAGUGGAGAGGUGAAAAGAGACAGUUUAAAAGCUCUCUCAAGCCAAGAAAAACUAGAAGAAAUACUUGCUCAAGCUGAAUUAACAUCUGGACCGGAGACUGUGGUACCCACAGAAGGAGAGCUGGGUGAAGGAGUUGUUAAAGAAACGAAAACUGAGACACUGGCUGCUUCUGCUGAAGACGGACAAGAAUUCGAGGAGCCAGUGGAUGAAUCUCGUAAAAUACUUGCUGAAAUUCCAGGAAUCUUCACUGCCUUCUUGGAUGGAGCGCACGUCAGAGAAAAAACACCUAAAAAAAUAAUGUUUGUGGAACAUAAAAUAGAUGCUUCAGAUUGUCUAAAGAUGUGCGAGGACCUUUUACAGCAAACCUCAGAUAUGACUUUAGAGCUUGAAACUGAAAAGGAGUGCUCCACCAUUGUCCUGGAGGCGAGUGGACCAAUGGGGAGUCAUGAAGGUGAAGCGUGGUUUGAGAGUAGCACAGGUUCAGAUGUUGUGCUUCCUGCUUCUAAACUGGACAUGGGAGAAGAUGAGGUGUUUGGGAGGAUUCCAGAAGUAAAUGUUGAGAGCCCAGAGAGUGAAGUGACACUUGACAUAUGCCAAGCCAGGACCAAUGAUAGUGAAGAGAACCCACAGCUGACAACGCAGGGUGAGGAAGCAACUGAUGUGUUUAGUUCGCAGUUUGAAAGCAUUUUGGAAUCGCAUUGGUCAAAGGGCACUUUGUACAGCAGCAUGGAAUCCCUGGAUGCCCUCUCUUCUGCUGAUGAGUCCGAAAUGCACUUCAAUUUCAACUUGCCCCUCACACCGAUGAUCCAGCAGCGCAUCAAAGAGAGCAGCCGUCUCCUGGAGAGCACUCUGGAGGCAGGGCAGCAUGAGAUCCUGAGUGUGUCUACAGACAGUAGAACAGGAGAAGGGUAUUUGGAGGUAACAUCAUCAUACCUGGAGGUCAGGACUGGGACUCCACUUAGUAACAGCAAAUCUGACCACAUUUUAGAUACUACUUCUGUGGGCCCUGUUCAAAAUGGAGUUCAUGAGGAUGUUGAAGACAUCAAGAAAGAUUCUGACUGGCUGCAUAACCUUUUAAGUGAUGCUGGACUGAAGGAAAGGUUUUUGGAAUUUGACUCUGAGAUGGGCAGCACUGAGCGACUGAAAGGCAGCACUGACACUCUCGGCAAUAGCAACAGGUGCGACGUGGAGGCAGCGAGGAGACUGGCUAAGCGGCUGUACAACUUGGAGGGGUUCAAGCGCUCGGAUGUAGCUAAGCACUUGGGAAAAAACAAUGACUUCAGCAAGCUUGUAGCUGAACAGUACCUCUCAUUUUUUGACUUCACUGGAAUGACAUUGGACCAAUCUCUUAGACGCUUCUUGAAAGCAUUUGCACUAAUGGGUGAAACCCAGGAGAGAGAGCGGGUUUUAAUCCAGUAUUCCAAUAGAUACUAUCAUUGUAACCCUGGCUCAGUUUCUUCACAAGAUGGAGUUCAUUGCCUUACUUGUGCUUUGAUGCUGCUAAAUACUGACCUUCAUGGCCAUAAUAUUGGAAAGAAGAUGACGUGCCAGGAGUUCAUCACCAACCUGGAUGGGCUGAAUGGAGGGCAGGAUUUCCCCAGAGACCUCCUUAAGGCCCUCUACAAUUCAAUCAAAAAUGAAAAGCUGGAAUGGGCUAUAGAUGAUGAUGAGCUGAAGAAAUCUCUGUCUGAGCUUGCAGACAAAUCUGAUAAUGCACACUUAAAAGGCAUCAGUAGAAUUGGCAGUGGCAGUAACCCUUUCAUUGAUAUUUCCCAUGAUCCAAAUGCUGCAGUUUAUAAAUCGGGCUUUCUUGCCCGUAAAAUCCAUGCAGACAUGGAUGGAAAGAAAACUCCUCGAGGCAAAAGAGGGUGGAAGACCUUUUAUGCUGUCCUCAAGGGAAUGAUCCUUUAUUUGCAAAAGGAUGAAUAUAAACCAGAGAAUGCAUUGUCAGAAGACGAUUUGAAAAAUGCAAUCAGCAUACAUCAUGCUAUGGCUAUAAAGGCAAUGGACUAUGAGAAGAAACCCAAUGUCUUGAAGCUUAAAACAGCUGAUUGGAGAGUCUUCCUUUUCCAAGCUCAGACUCCUGAAGAAAUGGAAUCUUGGAUAAGAAAAAUCAAUUCAGUGGCAGCCAUGUUUUCCGCGCCAUCAUUUCCUUCUGCGAUUGGCUCACAGAAGAAGUUCAGCCGUCCUCUUUUACCUGCAACUACAACAAGGAUGUCACAAGAAGAACAGCUAAAAUCUCAUGAGGCCAAGCUGAAGCACAUCACCACUGAACUGGCUGAACACCGAUCCUACCCACCUGAUAAAAAGGUCAAAACAAAGGAGAUUGAGGAGUACAGACUCAAAGAGCACUAUCUGGAGUUUGAGGAGAACCGCUAUGAGAUGUAUGUUAAACUUCUGAAGGAGGGAGUAAAACAGGUACUUGGCAGUAAAGAAAGUGACAGCAGUGGACUGAAGAAAUCCCAGUCAAGUCCAUCGCUAAACCAGGAGUUAUCACCAGCCAGCGCAAAGGUCAAGCGCAAUGUCUCAGAAAGGAAGGACUACCGGCCUGAAACACCCAGCUCUAAGGAAAAGGUCACCUAGGAAACGGAAGAAAUGCAACAAAACAAGCCCAUCAGAUACAGAUAUUUGUGAAAUAUGUUUUAAGUAAUUUAUUUAUCUGGCAACUGUUAUAAAUGAACAGUAAUGAACAAAUAAUACAAUAGUCCCUGACUGACUGGUGCCUGUGUGGCAAUUUAUGUUGGAUAUUUUUUUGUUGUUGCUUGUUGUAUAAAUUGUUGUGGAUUUUAUUUUGCUCUGAAGCUUUCAGAUAAGUGACACUUUCCUUGUCCUCAACUGUUGGGUCCUUUUCAGAACAAUCAUUUCUCUGCCUUUUCAGUAUAUAUAUAUAUAUAUAUAUAUAUAUAUAUAUAUAUAUAUAUAUAUAUAUAUA